AUGGCGUUGUCAAACAAGAUCUCCUAUUUCUCUUCCCUUUAUCUCUUGAGUAUCCGGAAACCGUUUGUUACCACUACCCUCUGUACGCCAUCGUUACAGCCUACAAGAAGGAUUAGAGUAAAGUUAGUGAGAGUGGGUCAUCCUGCAAGGUCACUACCUCAAGUAUUAGAUAGUGCUCUUGAUGCACAGAUUAAAGCUCAUGCAAGUGUUGCUGGACAUACCCUACAUGAGCUUGAAGGUGUUGAGAAGUCUUCUUGUUCCACUGAACCUACUCUUCUUCUCAUAGACAUUGAAGGGUGUGAUAUGGAGGAAAAGAAGGAUUAUGAAGAAAGCACAUUGAAUGAAGGUGAAGCUGAGAUUGCUAUACCACAUGCAAGAAGGUUGAUUCAAAUUGGUGUACAUGCUUCUAAUAUUGGAGUCAUUACCCCUUACUCAGCACAGCAAUCUGCUUUGCUGAGUGUUGUGUCACGACCAGAGAUUGCAGCCGCCGCCCCCGGAAUUGAAAGCGACUAUCCGUUCGUUGAACUACAGUUCGUGUCUCAGUCUAUCGUCCAUCGUCGUAGCUGCUCAAUUCCGUGUCUGAUUCCGUCGUUAUCAGAACAAUAA